AUGGCCAUUCUAAUAGUACUGGCCAUCUGCCUCUCUGCUGCCCUCUUGCCGGGUGCGGCCGACUCUGCUCUAAUCACCAGAGCAACAAACGCUAAUGGCAGCCACAGCGACCACGACGCACUGCUGGCUUUCAAAGGCGAGCUCGCUGAUCCCACCGGCGUCCUUGCCCGGAGCUGGACAACCAACGUGUCCUUCUGUCGAUGGCUUGGAGUCUCGUGCAGCCGCCGCCGGCAGCGUGUCACGGCUCUGUCGCUGCUGGAUGUUCCCCUGCAAGGGGAGCUCAGCCCACACCUCGGUAAUCUUUCCUUCCUCUCCAUGCUCAAGCUCACAAACACCAGCCUCGCUGGCUCCGUCCCUCCCGAAAUCGGUCUGUUGCAUCGGCUUAAGGUUCUGUAUCUUUCCGAAAAUGGCCUCACAGGCCCUAUUCCAAGUGCCAUAGGAAACCUAACGAGGCUUGAGGAACUUGACCUCAGUUACAAUAGCCUGUCUGGGGACAUCCCGCCAGGACUACUCCAGAAUAUGCCUAGCCUUGGGAAAUUUUCUCUUGACAAGAAUGAGCUAACUGGCCGCAUACCUCUGUGCCUAUUCAAUAAUACGCAAUCUCUAUGGUUCCUCAGCUUGAUGAACAACAGCUUAUCAGGUCCCGUGCCGCACAAUCUAGGUUCCUUGCCCAAGUUGCAACUCUUGUACCUUGCGUACAAUAACCUAUCCGGUGUAGUGCCCCCAACCAUCUACAACAUGUCAAGGAUGCAGGCUCUUUUUCUCUCCCACAACAAUUUUGCAGGUCUCAUUCCUAACAAUCAAAGUUUUAGCCUUCCUCUACUGCAGUUCUUUGAUCUCUCACAGAACAACUUUGAGGGUCCGAUUCCGUCAGGACUCGCAGCAUGCAAAUACUUGAAAUAUCUGUAUUUGUCACAAAAUCAUUUUGUGGACGUCGUUCCAACAUGGUUGUCUCAACUACCACGUCUCACCGAACUUUCCUUGGCAAGAAAUAACAUUGCUGACUCUAUCCCAGCUGUUCUUAGCAAUCUCACCCAUCUUACUGCACUAGAUCUGGGAACCAAUCAGCUAACAGGUCCGAUUCCAAAUUUUCUUGGGAAUUUUUCGAAAUUGUCUCAACUUUUUCUGCAGAAUAAUCAAUUCUCGGGCUCAGUACCACCAGCACUUGGGAACGUUCCAGCUCUGAACCAGCUUCUUCUUGCAUGGAAUAAUUUAGAUGGUAAUCUUAACUUCUUGUCUUCCCUUUCUAAUUGUAGGAAACUCCAGGAACUUGACCUGGCCUUUAAUUCUUUCAUAGGGAGGCUCCCAGAUCAUAUCGGGAACCUAUCAACAGAGUUAAUUACGUUUACUGCAGAUAAUAACAAGUUAAAUGGUAGGCUUCCACCAUCAUUGUCAAACCUAAGCCACCUUCAAACAUUAGAUCUUUCUAUAAACCUAUUCACAGGGGAUAUCCCAGAUCCUAUCAUGGUGAUGCAAGAGCUCGUCAUGCUUGACGUCACUAACAACGACUUGUCUGGCCCUAUACCAACAGAAAUUGGUAUGCUUAGGAGCUUACAACAAUUGUAUCUUCAAGGAAACAAAUUAUUUGGCCCUAUACCCAACAGCAUUGGCAACCUUAGUGUGCUAGAAGAAAUAAGCUUAUCCAGUAACCAGUUAAAUUCAUCUAUACCAGCAAGCUUCUUCCACCUGGAUAAACUUAUCGAUUUAGAUCUUUCUAACAAUUUCUUUGUUGGUUCACUACCGAGUGAUGUUGGUGGGCUAAAACAAGUGAAUUACAUUGACCUCUCUUGCAACUUUUUUCGUGGAACCAUCCCAGAAUCAUUUGGACAAAUUAUGAUGCUCAACUUCCUAAAUCUAUCACAUAACUCAUUUGAUGGACAAUUCCCAGAUUCUUUUCAAAAGCUUACCAACUUAGAUUAUUUGGAUCUCUCCUUCAAUAAUAUCUCUGGUAUCAUUCCCUUGUUCCUUGCCAAUUUCAUUGGCUUGACAUCCUUGAACCUCUCUUUCAAUAAGCUAGAAGGGAAGAUACCAGAGGGAGGUAUUUUCUCAAACAUCACGUCAAUAUCUUUGAUUGGAAAUGCUGGGCUAUGUGGAUCUCCCCAUCUUGGAUUUUCUCCUUGUCAUGAGGACUCUCACUCAAAUAAAAGAGACCUUCUAAUUAUCCUUCUUCCAGUUGUCACUGCUACAUUUGUCUCCAUUGUUCUUUGUGUCUACCUAAUCAUUAGAAGGAAAGCUAAGAGCAAGGGGGAUGAUGAAGCUAUUGUCAUUGAUCCAGCCAAUGCUGGAAGACAAAUAUUAGUUACCUACCAUGAGCUCAUUUCUGCCACCGAUAACUUUAGUGAUAACAACCUUCUGGGAACUGGAAGUCUUGCAAAAGUUUUCAAAUGCCAACUGAGGAACGAGUAUGGAUCAUUUGGGAAGGCAUCCCGCAAGAGUGAUGUGUUCAGCUUUGGAAUCAUGCUUCUUGAAGUCUUCACUGGAAAGAGACCCACUGAUCCCAUGUUCAUAGGAGAUCUAAGCAUCAGGGAGUGGGUUCGUCAAGCAUUCCUGUCAGAGAUUGUCCAUGUUGUGGAUGAGAAGCUCCUGCAAGGUCCUUCCUCAUCUGACUGCGGUCUGAAGCCCUUCUUUCCACCAAUAUUUGAGUUGGGUUUGCUCUGCUCAAGUGAUGCACCUCACCAAAGAUUAUCGAUGAGCGAUGUUGUAGUGGCACUCAAGAAAGUAAAAAAAAUGAUUAUAUCAAAUCCAUCAGCAACAAGGCCUGAAGCUGCCCAGUGA